AUAUCACUGAUUUGAAUCAAUAAAGAAAAACCCAAAAGAGAUGGGACAAACAACGAUUCAUCAUGUAAGUUAUUCAAUCCUCGUGACCAUAGUUCCUACACAUUAAGAGAUCUCGGGUUUGAUAUGGCUAGGAGUCGUUGUUUGGCCAGUUCCGGUAGCUGGUUCCUUAUGUUAGACCAUAAACUAGAUUUUCACCUUUUGAAUCUGUUUACUCGAGAGAUGAUUCUUCUUCCGCCUCUCGAAUCAAUCGAUGGAUGUCCCAUGGAAUUUGUGAGAACGUGUGAUUCUAAAGUUUGGGUGACGCUCAAUAACGAAAACAAAGCUAAUGAUUCUGGAAGAAAAAGAACUUCAUAUACGGUCAGUCAUCUUAGAAUAGACAAAGGGGUUUUAUGGGUAGAUGAAGAAAGCAGAGACUACUUAGUUGUUUGGAAUUAUGAUGGCCUUCUUGCAUAUCACAAGAAAGGAGAUGAUGACAACAAUAGCUGGAAAGUGCUUGAACCUUUGAAGAAUCAACAAUGCGUAGAUAUGGUGUGUAAAGAAAGCAAGCUUUACGUGCUUAGUGAUACUCGAGUCACUGUUCUUGAUUUCUCCCGUGAUGGUUCUCCAAUAAAAUGUGCAAGUUUCAAAUCUCUGGAUUGUCGUCGUUCGUUUUUUCCCAAGAAUCUUGCUGUGACUUUGUCUGGACAAGUUUUGAUCGUUAUAAACAAUGGGCGGCGUUCAUCUUCCAUAUGCUUCUUUGACGUCUACAAGAUGGAUCCUAAAUCAUUAGAAUGGAGAAAAAUCAAUUCUAUAGGGGAUGAAGCAUUGCUUUUUGAUCUAGGAAUAACGGUUGCAGCCAAAGAUGGAGUUCUGAAAAAUUGCAUAUAUUUUUAUACUGCCGUGCCUUAUCAAUCUAGAGGAAGUUUUGUACGCAAUGCUGAUAGCGGUAUUCGCGUAUACCAUAUUAGAACCAAGAAUGUGGUCCAAGUGUAUCAACCAGCUCUUACUGCUUCCUCUCCAAUAUCUUUCAGAUGGGUUUGCUCUGAAUCGAUUGGUAAAAUCAAACCGGUGUGGAGUCUGCAAAGUUUGGUUGAUAUGAACAGUCUUGUCAGAAGGAAACAAGUUGAUUCUGUUCAUCUGAUCAAAAACGAUGGACCUCAUCAGCUUGCCAAGAAACUAUCCGCCGUUGAUCUUGUUGCUAUUGGAGUUGGGACAACAAUUGGAGCAGGAGUGUAUAUUCUUGUGGGAACAGUAGCUAGAGAGCACACAGGACCUGCUCUUGCUGUAUCAUUCUUCAUUGCUGGUGUAGCUGCUGCUCUCUCGGCGUGUUGUUAUGCUGAGCUUGCUUCUCGUUGUCCAUCUGCUGGGAGUGCUUAUCAUUAUGCAUACAUAUGUCUUGGAGAAGGGAUUGCUUGGUUGGUUGGUUGGGCACUGGUGUUGGAUUAUACAAUUGGUGGAUCAGCCAUUGCCCGUGGCAUAACUCCAAAUCUGGCAUCUUUUUUUGGUGGUUUAGACAAACUUCCUGUGUUCUUAGCUCGACAAACUAUACCCGGGGUUGGUAUUGUGGUUGAUCCAUGUGCAGCACUUUUGAUUAUGAUUGUCACGAUACUACUAUGUUUUGGGAUAAAGGAGAGUUCAUUAGUACAAGCAAUCGUAACAUCAGUGAAUGUUUGCACCUUGGUUUUCAUCAUAGUAGUUGGUGGAUAUUUAGCUUUCAAGACUGGAUGGGUUGGAUAUGAUCUUCCGAGUGGGUAUUUUCCUUUUGGACUAAAUGGGAUACUUGCCGGAUCUGCUAUAGUAUUCUUCUCAUACAUUGGAUUUGAUACUGUAACUAGUACGGCUGAGGAGGUGAAAAAUCCUCAAAGGGAUCUUCCAUUGGGAAUCGGGAUUGCAUUACUGAUAUGCUGCAUUUUAUAUAUGCUUUUAUCAGUAGUUAUUGUUGGAUUAGUCCCAUACUAUUCAUUGAAUCCUGAUACUCCUAUCUCUUCUGCAUUUGGAGACAGUGGGAUGCAAUGGGCAGCGUACAUCUUAACCACUGGGGCAGUAACUGCUCUAUGUGCGAGUUUGUUGGGUUCCCUUCUGGCUCAGCCACGAAUUUUCAUGGCAAUGGCUAGGGAUGGAUUGUUGCCAGCUUUCUUUUCAGAAAUUAGCCCACGAACUCAAGUACCAGUGAAAAGCACAAUAGCUAUUGGUGUGCUUGCCGCUGCACUCGCAUUUUUCAUGGAUGUUGCACAGUUGUCCGAGAUGGUUAGUGUAGGCACUCUAAUGGCAUUCACUGCCGUUGCAGCAUGUGUGCUAGUUCUUAGAUAUGUACCACCAGAUGGAGUUCCCCUAGCAUCUUCCUCUCAAAAUUUGAGUGAUACCGAUGAAAGUGGAUCUGAAACUGAAAAUUUUCUUGUGGAUGCUAUAGAAUCUUCUGAUUCCCCUCUACUUGGCAAUGAAACUGCACGAGAUGAAAAGUAUUUUGGAAAGAGAAGAAAAAUUGCGUCCUGGAGUAUAGCUCUUGUGUGCAUAGGUGUGCUAGGUCUUGCUUCAGCAGCUUCAGCUGAGCGUCUUCCAAGUUUUCCUCGGUUCACUAUAUGUGGUGUCAGUGCCGUCAUCUUGCUUGGCAGUUUGAUUACUCUUGGCUACAUCGACGAGGAUGAAGAAAGGCACAACUUUGGACACAAAGGAGGGUUUCUCUGCCCAUUCGUCCCAUACCUUCCAGUUCUUUGCAUAUUGAUCAACACCUACUUGAUCAUCAACAUUGGAGCUGGGACAUGGAUCAGGGUCUUGGUAUGGCUACUUAUUGGAAGCAUGAUCUAUCUCUUCUAUGGCCGAUCUCACAGCUUACUGAACAAUGCGGUUUGCGUUCCAAGGACGACUUGUACCAGAAAAACAACAGAUCAUCUUGCUUAAGAUUGGUGGUUCAAUGCAGCAGCUGAAGGGAGUCGAGCUCAAGCUUUGUUGUUGCUGAAGUAGCAUCUAAAGAGAAUUAAACAGUUUGGCACAAG